CCGCCCCUCUGACGUCACCCCGGGGCGCCGUCGGCGCCGAGCACAGUUCCCGCUGGACCCGCCCGGGCGCUGCGGCCGCGGCCCUUCCCGCCGGCACGAUGUCAGCCAGUAUCCCUGGAAGCUCAAAUGUGGCUGCUGGCAGUAAUCGUCGGCUUCAGCAAACUCAACACCAAGUAGAUGAGGUUGUUGACAUCAUGAGAGUGAAUGUGGACAAGGUAUUGGAGCGAGAUCAGAAGCUGUCAGAGCUGGAUGACCGUGCUGAUGCACUGCAAGCAGGAGCUUCCCAAUUUGAGACCAGUGCAGCCAAGCUGAAAAGGAAGUAUUGGUGGAAGAACUGUAAGAUGUGGGCAAUAUUGAUAGCUGUUGUUGUCAUUAUCAUCAUCAUCAUCAUCAUCGUCUCGACUAGUUCAUGAGUUACAGGAAGAAACUCAGAUCAACUGAAGGUGCCUCUGAAUCUUCAGCCUCUCCACUUCAAACCUGCUGCAUUUUCAGUCCAUUUACUGCUGUUUAAAGCAAAACUAUUUUCAUUACUGAAAUGUUAACUAACUUUACUGGUUGCCUUAAGACACUCCUGCCAUUAAUUACUAACAAGCACAGCUCACCACUUGCACAGUGCCUUAAUAAAGUGGGGUGC